UGGUUUCUUGUGGGAAGGCGUGCCCCCUGGUACUUGGCCAGCCGCGGCCUUGAGGGCCGUUGGGGGCCUCAGAUUUGGUCUGCUUUUACUGGUAUAAGAGCUCGCGGCGGGCUGCGCAGCGCCCUGACCCAUCCUCACCAUGUUGGUGCUGUUUGAAACGUCCGUGGGAUACGCCAUCUUUAAGGUUUUGAAUGAAAAGAAACUUCAGGAGGUUGAUAGUUUGUGGAAAGAAUUUGAAACUCCAGAGAAAGCAAAUAAAAUAGUAAAGCUGAAACAUUUUGAGAAAUUUCAGGAUACAGCAGAGGCAUUGGCAGCAUUCACAACUCUGAUGGAGGGCAAAAUCAAUAAGCAGCUGAAGAAAGUUCUGAAGAAAAUAGUUAAAGAAGCCCAUGAACCCCUGGCUGUAGCUGAUGCUAAACUAGGAGGCGUCAUAAAGGAAAAGUUGAAUCUCAGUUGUAUCCAUAGCCCUCUUGUUAACGAACUCAUGAGAGGAAUCCGUUCACAGAUGGAUGGAUUAAUCCCUGGGGUAGAACCGCGUGAAAUGGCAGCCAUGUGUCUUGGGUUGGCACACAGCUUGUCCCGAUAUAGAUUGAAAUUUAGUGCUGAUAAAGUGGACACAAUGAUUGUUCAGACAAUUUCCCUCUUAGAUGACUUAGAUAAAGAACUAAACAACUACAUUAUGCGUUGUAGAGAAUGGUAUGGCUGGCAUUUCCCUAAAUUAGGAAAAAUUAUUUCAGAUAAUUUGACAUACUGCAAGUGUUUACAGAAAGUUGGCGAUAGGAAGAAUUAUGCCUCAGCCAAACUUUCUGAAUUACUGACAGAGGAGGUUGAAGCAGAAGUGAAAGCAGCUGCAGAGAUAUCUAUGGGAACAGAGGUUUCAGAAGAAGAUAUUUGCAACAUUCUGCAUCUCUGCACUCAGGUGAUUGAAAUCUCUGAAUAUAGAACCCAGCUCUAUGAGUAUCUGCAAAAUCGGAUGAUGGCCAUUGCACCCAAUGUUACAGUCAUGGUUGGGGAAUUAGUGGGAGCACGGCUUAUUGCUCAUGCAGGUUCUCUUUUGAAUUUGGCCAAACAUGCAGCUUCUACAGUUCAGAUUCUUGGAGCAGAAAAGGCACUCUUCAGAGCCCUCAAGUCUAGACGAGAUACCCCUAAGUAUGGUCUCAUUUAUCAUGCUUCCCUUGUAGGCCAGACAAGUCCCAAACACAAAGGAAAGAUUUCUCGGAUGCUGGCUGCCAAAACUGUUUUGGCCAUCCGGUAUGAUGCUUUUGGUGAAGACUCCAGUUCUGCGAUGGGAGUUGAGAACAGAGCCAAGUUAGAGGCCAGGUUGAGAACCUUGGAAGAUAGAGGGAUACGGAAAAUAAGUGGAACAGGAAAGGCACUAGCAAAAGCAGAAAAAUAUGAACAUAAAAGUGAAGUGAAGACUUAUGAUCCUUCUGGUGACUCCACACUGCCAACCUAUUCCAAAAAACGCAAAAUUGAACAGGUGGACAAAGAGGAUGAAGUUAUUGAAAAGAAGGCCAAAAAAGCCAAGGUUAAAAUUAAAGUUGAAGAAGAAGAAGUUGUAGAAGAAGUAGAAGAAGAAGUAGUGCAAGUGGUGGAAGAACAGGAGACAUCUGUGAAGAAGAAGAAGAAAAAGGACAAAAAGAAACAUAUUAAAGAAGAACCACUUUCUGAAGAAGAACCAUGUUCCAGUACAGCAAUUGCUAGUCCAGAGAAAAAGAAGAAAAAGAAAAAAAAGAGGGUUAAUGAGGACUAAUGGAAGGAACCAUUCUUUCAAAGAUUUCGUAAUUGAAUCACCUGGAUACAUCAUGCUUAAGAUGCAGUCAGAAAUACACCAGAGAUGCUCUCUAAAGUAAUCAUGGGAGGUUGGAUGGAACAA